CCGAGGCGGCCCCGGCUGGGGCUUCGCGGACGGUCUGGUGGGCGCAGGGGUCUGCGAGAAGAGAAAGAUGGAUACUACAAUGCUGAAUUUGCGGAAUCUGUUUGAGCAGCUUGUACGCCGGGUGGAGAUUCUCAGCGAAGGAAAUGAACUCCAAUUCAUCCAGUUGGCAAAGGACUUUGAGGAUUUCCGUAAAAAAUGGCAGCGAACAGACCACGAGCUGGGGAAGUACAAGGAUCUUUUGAUGAAAGCAGAGACGGAGCGCAGUGCUUUGGAUGUUAAGCUGAAGCACGCACGCAACCAGGUGGACGUGGAGAUCAAACGGAGACAGCGAGCCGAGGCUGACUGUGAAAGGCUGGAAAGACAGAUUCAGCUGAUUCGAGAGAUGCUCAUGUGUGACACAUCUGGUAGCAUUCAACUAAGUGAGGAGCAAAAAUCCGCUCUUGCUUUUCUCAACAGAGGCCAACCACCCAACAGCAGCGUGGGGAACAAAAGAUUGUCAACUAUUGAUGAAUCUGGUUCCAUUUUAUCAGAUAUCAGCUUUGACAAGACUGAUGAAUCACUGGAAUGGGAUUCUUCCUUGGUAAAAACUUUUAAACUGAAGAAGAGAGAAAAGAGGCGUUCUAAUAGUCGACAGUUCAUUGACGGUCCCCCUGGACCUGUAAAGAAAACACGCUCCAUUGGGUCCACAGCAGACCAGGCUAAUGAAUCCAUUGUAGCAAAAACUACAGUGACUGUUCCCAAUGAUGGUGGCCCCAUUGAAGCUGUAUCUACCAUUGAGACUGUGCCAUAUUGGACCAGAAGCCGAAGAAAAACAGGUACUUUACAGCCUUGGAACAGUGACUCUACCUUGAGCAACAGACUGCUGGAAGCAAGGACUGAGACAGAUGCUUCUGGCACUCCUCAGAAUGGCGGAGGGAUGCGCCUGCAUGACUUUGUGUCUAAGACGGUUAUUAAGCCUGAAUCUUGUGUACCGUGUGGAAAGCGGAUAAAAUUUGGCAAGUUGUCUCUGAAAUGUCGAGACUGCCGUGUAGUCUCUCAUCCCGAGUGUCGGGACCGCUGUCCCCUUCCCUGCAUCCCCACACUGGUUGGAACACCUGUCAAGAUCGGAGAGGGAAUGCUGGCAGAUUAUGUAUCCCAGACUUCUCCAAUGAUCCCCUCCAUUGUUGUCCACUGUGUAAAUGAGAUUGAGCAGAGAGGGCUGACUGAGACAGGACUGUAUCGGAUCUCAGGUUGUGACCGGACAGUUAAAGAGCUGAAAGAGAAAUUCCUCCGAGUGAAAACUGUGCCCCUUCUUAGCAAGGUGGAUGAUGUUCAUGCCAUCUGCAGCCUCUUGAAAGACUUCCUUCGAAACCUCAAAGAACCCCUCCUGACCUUUCGUUUAAACAAGACCUUCAUGGAAGCAGCAGAAAUCACAGAUGAGGACAACAGCGUAGCUGCCAUGUACCAGGCUGUUGGUGAACUGCCCCAGGCCAACAGAGACACAUUAGCUUUUCUCAUGAUUCACUUGCAGAGAGUGGCUCAGAGCCCAGACACUAAAAUGGAUGUGACCAAUCUGGCUAAAGUCUUUGGCCCUACAAUAGUUGCUCAUGCUGUACCCAAUCCAGAUCCAGUGGUGAUGCUACAGGAUAUCAAGCGUCAACCCAAGGUUGUAGAACGCCUGCUCUCCCUUCCCCUGGAAUAUUGGAGUCAGUUUAUGAUGGUGGAACAAGAAAACAUCGAUCCUAUGCAUGUCAUUGAAAACUCAAAUGCCUUUUCAACACCACAGACACCAGAUAUUAAAGUGAGUUUACUGGGACCGGUGACCACUCCUGAACAUCAGCUUCUCAAGACUCCUUCGUCCAGCUCCCUGUCACAGAGAGUCCGCUCCACGCUCACAAGGAACACUCCCAGGUUUGGGAGCAAAAGCAAGUCUGCCACCAACCUUGGACGACACGGCAACUUUUUUGCUUCUCCAAUGCUGAAGUGAAGUCAUGUUUCCUGUUACCUCCCAUCACUUCCUGCAAAGAAGCGCGCCUGUACUCUGUAUCUCUAUGUACAUCUCCUCUCCCCAAGUAAUGUAAUAUCAACACCUUGUGCAGUGUUUGCUGAAGCUUUUGGUAGGAGAUCUUUAUGGGAUUCCUUAGAAGGGGUGAUAUGAACUUCUUUUUGAUUCUUUUGGGGUUAGGUGAAUCCCUUUGACUUAAAACCAAACAUCGCUCAUGGAAUUACAUGUCUCUGGUAUUAUUUAGAACUAAUUUCCCUGAGCUAAUGAGAGCAAUUCUCCCUCUUUGCUGAGAUUGACUUCUCUCAGGUUGAGAGGAAGGAAGGGUCUGGAAGGGUUUGGAAGAUGGCUCCUUCUGAGAAUUUGAAAUUUGCCUUUCCCCCAUUAUGAAGUGAUCUUUUUCUUGGAAUCUUCAUAAAAUAGGAUAGGAGGAGAAAGAAACUAGAGAUUGAAGUAUGCUUGGCUUUAAUUUGAAUUGAUUAGGUUUAAUAGUACAUUUAUGUUUUGAUUUUUGUGGGGUUUUUUUUGGAGGGGACAUACCCAGUGGUACUUGGGGACCAUUCCCAGCUCAAUGUUUGUGGGGUUACUCCCUGGCUGUGCUCUGUGGAUUGUGCAGUACUGGAGAUGGAACUGGGUCUCUUGCAGAGAGCAUUGAGCUAUUUCUCUAGCUCUACUUGUAUUUAUCCCUAAAGGGCCUUGGGCUGGAUUUGGGGCUUGGUUGGGGGUCAAAAUCAGUUUGUUCUAAGUCAAAUUCAUUCUGUUGCUUGACCGCCAGUUAAAUACACACACAACACACACACACACACACACACACACACACACACGUCCCCUCUUAUCCACUGGAGCCCUUCUUCUGUCUGGUAUCCUUACUAACAAUUAAAAGUAGGCUGUUGGGGCUGGAGCAAUAGUAUAGUGGAUAGGGCGUUUGCCUUGCACGUGGCCAACCCGGUUUCGAGUCUCAGCAUCCCAUAUGAUCCACCGAGCAUUGCCAGGAGUAACUCCUGAUUGCAUAACCAGGAGUAACCCCUGUGCAUCACCAGGUGUGACUUAAAAAGCAAAAAAUAUAAAAUAAAAAUAAAAGUAGGCUGUUAGGGAAGAUUGUCAGUAUUUUGUGUGGCAAGAAAAGCCAGUCUUGGCCUGGUAUAGCAGGUAGGGUACGUGCUUUGCACGCAGCCUACUUGGGUUUGAUCCUGGCACCCCAUAUGGUUCCCUGAGCCCACCGGCAGUGAUUCCUGAUUGUGGAAUCAGGAGUAAGCCCUGAGCAUCGUCAGGUGUAGCCGCCCCCUCCUCCCCCCCCAAAAAAAAGAAAAUCUAAACUUUAAUAUUUGUUUUCUUUUGGGGGGAACUAGGAGGUUGCUCCCAGCAGUGCUCAGGGGGCCAUUCAGUGCUUGGCAUCCAACCUGGUCCUCCUGGUUGUGCUCCGGCUUACUGAGCUCUCCCCAGCCCCAGAGCUAGUCCGUAUGUCUUUGCACUUUGGAUGCUGAAAUCUCUCUGUGAAACAGCCACAUCUAGAUAAAUAUGAACUUUUUCUAAUAUUAAAAUUACUUCUGGGGCCAGAAUGUGGCUCACUGGUAGAGAGCACUUGCCUUGCAUGUGUGAAGCUUGAUCCCUGGCACAGCAAAAAAAAGAGGAAAAAAAAAUCUAUUAUCUAUAAGAAUUAUUUUCUAUAGUGUUUUUAA